AUGGCUCUGCCCAAAGCUGCCUUUAUGGGAGACAUCGCCCUUGAUGAAGAUGACCUCCGCAUGUUCAAAGAAGCCCACAGCAGGGAUGGUGCACAGCACCGCGUCCACAUCAACCUCACAGACUCAGUUCUUCUUCCUAUUGAAAGCGUCAGGGACGAGAGAGCUGCAGGCAGACAGAGUCUCCGUCGCAGGAGGAGAGCCGCCACCUCCAGACCUGAGCGAGUGUGGCCGGAUGGCAUCAUCCCGUAUGUGAUCAGUGGGAAUUUCACUGGCAGUCAGAGAGCUAUUUUCCGUCAGGCGAUGCGCCACUGGGAGAAACACACUUGCGUAACAUUCACUGAGAGGACGACUGAAGAAAGCUACAUUGUGUUCACCUACCGACCUUGUGGGUGUUGCUCCUACGUGGGGAGGAGAGGUGGCGGCCCUCAGGCCAUCUCCAUCGGAAAGAACUGUGAUAAGUUUGGCAUUGUGGUUCAUGAACUCGGCCACGUGAUCGGCUUCUGGCACGAACACACACGCACGGACCGAGACGAGCAUGUAAGCAUCAUCAGAGACAACAUCCAACCAGGACAGGAGUAUAACUUCCUGAAGAUGGAGCCGGGCGAGGUCGACUCUCUCGGGGAGGUGUACGACUUUGGCAGCAUCAUGCAUUACGCAAGGAAUACAUUUUCCAGAGGCAUCUUCUUGGACACGAUCUUGCCCCGUUAUGAUGUCAAUGGAGUCCGGCCACCUAUUGGACAGAGGACCCGGCUUAGCAAAGGCGACAUUGCGCAAGCCCGCAAACUCUACAAGUGUGCAAGGUGUGGGGACAGCCUGCAGGAAAGUGCUGGAAACUUCUCUUCUCCCGGUUAUCCAAACGGCUACUCAGCCUACGCUCACUGCGUGUGGAGGAUUUCUGUCACUCCUGGAGAGAAGAUUGUUCUGAAUUUUACAUCCAUGGACCUCUUCAGGAGCCACUUGUGUUGGUACGACCAUGUGGAGGUCCGAGACGGGUUCGGGAGGAAAGCUCCUCUGAAAGGACGUUUUUGUGGAGACACACUUCCCGACCCAAUCAUCUCAACCGACAGCCGACUGUGGAUUGAAUUCAGAAGCAGCAGCAGCUGGCUGGGAAAAGGUUUCUCAGCUGUCUACGAAGCCAUCUGUGGGGGGGAGGUGAAGCGGGACAGCGGUCAGAUCCAGUCCCCCAAUUACCCCGAUGACUACCAGUCCAACAAAGUGUGUGUGUGGAAAAUCACAGUAGCAGAAGGUUUCGAUGUUGGCCUCUCCUUUCAGUCGUUUGAGAUUGAGCGUCAUGACAGCUGCGCCUACGACUACGUGGAGGUGAGGGACGGCGGCUCGGACAGCAGCCCGCUGCUCGGACAUUUCUGCGGCUACGAGAAACCCGAAGACAUCAAAAGCAGCUCCAACCAGCUCCGGCUGAAGUUUGUGUCUGACAGCUCGGUCAGCAAAGCUGGGUUUGCAGCCAGCUUUUUUAAAGAGAUGGAUGAGUGUUCCGGACCGAACAACGGCCACUGCGAGCAGCGCUGUCUGAACACACUGGGCAGCUACAGAUGUGCAUGUGACCCCGGAUACGAGCUGGCUGCCGACAGACGCAGCUGUGAGAGUUGGAACCGACAUGCCACGUUCAACGAGUCCAGAAGGCUGAGCCCUGUGUCCGGCUGCUGGGAGGCGAGGAGCUUCCAGACGGUCUCUCCAGGAGCUGCUGGACGAGAUGCCGGCUCAUGUCUCCUGUCCUCAGCCUCCAGAGGACGUCAUUCAUGCUGCUGAGGUCCAGCGGCUGUGGAGACGUCCUCCUCCAUGUUGUCUGUUCUUUGGUUUUGUUUCAAUGUUCUCCAUCCAGCUAGGAGUUUGGUAUAAAAGCAUCAUUUCAUAUACUGCCGGGUUGUUACUUCCUCUCCUAUUUUCUAUUUUUGUCAAUGAAAAUCUUGUAAAUAUAAAUGUAUUGCUUUAGUUGGAUUAUUUAGAGUGACGAUAUAUGUUGGUAUUUGUUACUGAUGGUUGCCAACUGACGACACGUUUUGCCAUGUUGGAUUUUUUGUACGAUAAAAUAUCUUUGGUCAUUUAAGCUACGUUUGGCAAAACACAAAACAAAAGUAUAAUCGUCUAAUCGUUUAUCCGUUAUGAAGAUGAAAAAUGAGCACUGGCGUAAACUAACAAUA